AUUAUGGAGUUAUAUGAUCACUUUUAUCGGAUUUUCAAUUCUUCUGUGCUUGUGUUGUUUUCUUGUAUGGAUGUGGUCACGGCCCUUGAAUUCAACGUGACGGUACCAUUCGGAGCAGAACUCCACCCGGGAGACCGAUUCACGGCGUCCUGUAACAUCUGGGGAUAUCCCCCCAUUGACGUCGUCACAGAUCUGACGGUGCACUGGAAAUUCCAGGAUAGCUAUAUUUGUGUUUUUGGAGAUAAAAUGGAAGAUGUUUCUGAAAAAUAUCAAUGUUCCUCAGUAACGGAAUAUGACCAAGAAAGCUUUAUUUUAUCAAUCUCAGCGGUGUCUUCAGAAGACAACGGUAAUUACACCUGUGAAGUCAAGGAAAAGAAGAAAACAUCACCGAUGCAAUCCCUAGUAGAGCUUAUAGUUGUUGAACCUACUACAGUGUUACAAAUCACGGAAAAUCCAGAAACCACCGCCACCACAACCAUGGCUGGUAAAAAUGGAUGUCCUUCAAGUCACUUUCAAGACCUCUCAUUGCCUCUGUGCAUCCAAAUAUUGACAUUUUUCAUCCUACAUGGCUAUACAUGUAGUUAAAACAGGUGUCUACAAAAUUUUUACAGCUUAAGUAAUGUUACAUCUAUAAAAUAAUACUGUGUAAUCAGUAAUUUUCGUGGGGGUUUAAUUUUCUUGGUUUUCAAGGUAUGAUGAGACCCACGAAAUGCAAUUUUUCACAUAUAUUACUACUGAACAACCACGGAAUCAAAUCCCCAUGAACCAAAAUAUUUUUCUCAAACCUCGAGAAUUUGACCCCUCGAAAAUAUGUGAUUUUACAAUAGUUCUAUAAAAGCGGAAUGAAAUUUGCUGUCAUGUUUAACACCUUGUGAUCUCCCUUUUCAAAAGUCGAAUUUGUUUUUUAUGAGAUUUGUGCAGAUUUGCAAUUGCUGGAUGUGAAUUUUCAAAAGAAGUGCGUUGUGGUUAACAAGAAGUUUUUAUUUCAAUUUUAUGUCCAACCUAUCUUAUUCAA